AUGUCCCUUGCCUUCUCUACUGCCCCGGUCAACCAUCACAACGGCUCUCACGCUCACUCCCAGCACUACGGAUAUAAUCACUCUAUGGAUAGAGGGCCAUCCGAUUAUCAACAAUCAGGUUUGCCAUCCUCAGCGUCCUACCCUUCAUACAGUAAUCAACAGCAAGCGGAGCCUCAAUCGGCAGACCAGCCUGCAUCAAACUACCAGACCCCUUCUCAGGAAGUAAGGUCGACUUCAUCCACAUACUCGUCAUCUGCCACUCCCUCUUCAGAGUACGGAGGCACUGUCAGUUCUUCUUCAAGGACACCUACUUUCCCACCCGACUACAAUUUAGGUGGUCAUCGGUAUUCCGAGGCGCCUCGUUACCACCCGUCAAGUUCUACUGCCGGAGACCCGAGCGUCCCUGCCCCGAGCCCGCAUUACGCACCCCCGACAAACCAACAAUACGCGCAUUACCCGCCCCAAAACUCUCAUCCAAUGUCGGAAACAUACUCUAACGGCGGUCAUGGCAAUUGGCGUCCUGAAUGGGGCCCACCCACAGGACAACACUAUAUGAAUGGCGCCCAAUACAAUCCCCAUGGUUCACCUACUGCAACUGGCCGCAAGCGCAUCUCAGACCAGACUGCGCAACAUCCUCUUUCCCAGGUAUACUCCUUUGUGCCCAUCCCUGGUGCACAGCAGCAUAAGCGGCCUCGUAGGCGGUAUGAAGAAAUUGAGCGCAUGUACAAGUGUGGGUACAAUGGGUGUGAAAAGGCAUAUGGAACAUUGAAUCAUCUCAAUGCGCAUGUGACAAUGCAGAGCCAUGGUGUUAAACGCACCCCAGAAGAAUUCAAGGAAAUCCGCAAGGAAUGGAAGGCGCGUAAGAAGGAAGAAGAGGCUCAACGGAAGGCCCAGGAAGAGGCAGAGCGUCAGCGAAGCACUGAGGGUGGAUCAGCGACCGAGGUUGCUCAGGUAACUCCUGGUGCUGCCGCCCCAGCUUCAAGUGCGCAAUAUACCGCCGGUGGUAUGGCUCCUCGUCAACUUCCACCCAUUGCCUACCAACAGCCUCCUGUACCGAGCGUUCACUACCCCGCAGCGCCAACAGCGACUAUGGAUCCAAUGCAGCAAUACCAGCAGCCCACGAUCUAUAACACAUAUCAACAGGCGUCAUAUCCACAAGGUCCACAACAAAUCUUCCCAGGCCAGGCCCGCCAAGCACCCAUUCCACCUACAAAUGAGGAGCCGGAUGCGGAUGCUGAUGCGGACCCGGAUGUUGCUUCAGCUCAAUCGUCCUACAACCAAUAA